UGGGAGUUGGGGGGGGGGGAUCGAUGAUGUGCGCGUGGGCGGCGCGCGUGGAGCGCGCAGUCGGCAGCAUCCUCGCGAGGGUCGCCGGCGGCGAUGCCGGGAUCUGGGGCCCUGCCGGCGGCCGCUGGCAUGCCGGCGUCGCCGUCGGCGUCACGGCGGCAGCCGGCCUCGCCCUCGCCGCCGCCAUCGUCGUCUCCUCUCGCAGAGGGAGCUUGAGAUCUCCGUGGUCGCGGCGGAGAAGGAAAGGCGCGCUCACGAAGCAGCAGUGGAGGAGUCUCUUCACUCCCGAAGGGAAGCUCGUUGACGGCGGUGUCAGGUUUCUGAAGAUAGUGCGAAGCGGGGGGAUAGAUCCGAGCAUCAGGGCGGAAGUUUGGCCUUUCCUUCUUGGAGUCUAUAACCUGGACACUUCAGAGGCCGACCGAAAGGAGAUUAGAGCAAAGAAAAGGAAAGAAUACAUAAAACUAAGAAAAGAGUGCCAACGAGCUUCUACCAUCAGCAAAGAGGGAGGCAAGGAGCUACAGGAAUCAGCGGAAGCCAACCAAGCUGCGUGCCAUCGAUCGAGUGAGAGCAGUGAAUCUGUUGGUCUUGAAGUUUUGGUUAAUCCCGAGAACUCUAAUGAUGACAAUACGGAGCUACAAAAUCUUGAUGUCCCUAACACAUCUAAAAUUGAGGAAGAAGAAAGGAGUGGUAUAACUCAAGUAGAUGAAUCUGUCGAGGAGAGAGAAUCAGAUAGUCGAUCAGAUUGUCGAUCAUCAGAUGAAGAACCGGAAAGCAUUCCGACCUACUCCUCUAUGGAGGGAAACACGGAACAUUCUACCGAUCUUACUAACCUUAAUGCCCCCAAAGCAAAUGUACGUCAGUCUUGUCGAACUGCAGAGGAUUUUGGCACUUGGCAACGUAUCAUACGCCUAGACGCCAUCCGGGCUAAUGCUGAGUGGGUUGCUUACUCUCCUGUUCAAGCAGCAGUUUCCAAGGACAUAGCAAUCAAAUCUGCUUUAGCUGUAGGAUUGAAGGACUAUGACCAUUUGGAGCCAUGCCGCAUAUACCAUGCUGCCCGCCUUGUUGCAGUACUCGAGGCCUAUGCAGUUUACGACCCAGAAAUUGGCUAUUGCCAGGGAAUGAGUGACCUCCUUUCACCUAUGCUUGCGGUAAUGGAAGAAGAUUAUGAGGCGUUUUGGUGCUUCGUGGGCUUCAUGAGAAAAGCACGGCACAAUUUUCGGCUUGAUGAGGUGGGUAUAAGAAGGCAGCUUAAUAUUGUAUCAAAGAUAAUCAAAUUCAAGGACCCACAUUUUUAUAGGCAUUUGGAGAAGCUCCAAGCUGAGGACUGCUUUUUCGUAUACAGAAUGGUGGUUGUGAUGUUUCGAAGGGAGCUUAGUUUUGAUCAGACUCUCUGUUUAUGGGAGGUCGUGUGGGCUGAUCAGGCGGCAAAUAGGGCGGGGAUUGGGAAGUCUACAUGGGGAAGGAUGAGGAUGGGGCCGCCUCCGACUGAUGACUUACUAUUGUAUGCAAUUGCGGCUUCUGUAUUACAGAAGAGGAAAUUGAUAAUAGAGAGGUAUAGUAGCAUGGAUGAGAUUAUUCGAGAGUGCAAUAAUAUGGCGGGGCAACUGGAUGUUUGGAAGCUUCUCGACGAUGCACAUAAUCUGGUGGCAAAUCUUCAUGACAAGAUAGAAUGAUUAUGUGUGGCAAAUCUUCAUGACAAGAUAGAAUGACUAAAAGUGCCUAAUCUACUUCUCUCCGCUAUUAUUUUUUUUUCUUCCAUAUGUUAGGUUGAUAAUUCGUUCUAUUUUAUCAGGUUUCAGCCUUUCUAUAUGUUUCCUUCUUAAAGGUCUCCAUACCUGUGUGUUUUUACUCGAACAAAACAUGAAGUUAUGUUGAAUGCAAAGCAUGAAGAGAUACUCGAGCAAAUUUGCUUUUUCUGUGUG